CGUGAGGAAAAAAAACAAUUUACGCAGGUUAAAAAUUUACAGAUACUCCUACCUGUUUUUUUUUUUGGUUUCCUCUUUCUCUAUCUCCCUCCCUUGCUCUUGCAAAUCUCCGGCUCUAUGAGCCAAUUGAGUUUAUGAGUUUUCGUGGCUUUGUGUUUAGUUAACGUUCCGGUCUCAAGAUCUCCUCCGUCAUCGCUUACCCUCCUCCGGUUUCUUAGGGUUUCUUUUGCACAGCUUCUUUGAAUUGGGAUUCCUCUCAAUCUCUAUCCAUAUUGGUUUCUUAAACAGCUUCCUUUGUUCCUUUGUUCCUGUCUUUCAUGGCUUCAACUAUGGAUUCUAGCGUCGUCUCCGAUUUCUUCUCAUCCGCUCCAGCUCUCCAGAGCAACCUUGGAAUCUUGUCUCCUGAUCAGAUCGAAUUGGCGAAGAUCUUGUUGGAGAAUGGUCAGAGUCAUCUUUUCCUGCAUUGGCCUGAACCUGGUGUCUGUGACAAAGAGAAACUAAGUUUUUUCGAACAGUAUUGCUUCUUAGAUUUCUCGCCUGAAUCAAGCUAUCCUGGCGUAGCAGCAUACAUUAAGACUGCCAAAGAGCUCCUCGCCGAUUCAAAAGUAGGGAAGAACCCUUAUGAUGGUUUCUCUCCUUCUGUCCCUUCAGGAGAAAAUCUUACUUUUGGUGAUGAGAACUUCAUCGAAAUGGAAAAACGAGGUGUCGCCGAAGCUAGCAAAGCUGCUUUUGUUCUUGUUGCUGGUGGGCUUGGCGAGCGUCUGUACAACGGAAUCAAGGUGGCACUUCCAAGGGAGACAACUACAGGGACAUGUUUCUUGCAACACUACAUUGAAUCUAUAUUGGCUCUUCAAGAAGCUAGCCACAAGGUCGCUUCUGAUGGAAGUCAAAGAGAGAUUCCUUUCAUUAUCAUGACAUCUGAUGAUACACAUUCACGUACACAAGAGCUCUUAAAGUCGAACUCUUAUUUUGGGAUGAAACCUACUCAAGUACAUCUUCUUAAACAGGAAAAAGUUGCAUGUCUUGAUGAUAAUGAUGCCAGGCUUGCAUUAGACCCUCACAACAAAUACAAGAUCCAGACAAAACCACAUGGACACGGUGAUGUACAUUCGCUACUUUAUUCGAGUGGUCUUCUUGAUAAAUGGCUUGAUGCUGGUUUAAAAUGGGUUUUGUUUUUCCAAGAUACAAAUGGACUUCUCUUCAAUGCAAUUCCAGCUUCUUUGGGUGUGAGUGCUACCAAACAGUAUCAUGUUAACUCUCUCGCUGUUCCUCGCAAGGCUAAAGAAGCUAUUGGAGGAAUUACUAAACUUACCCACGCUGAUGGCAGAUCUAUGGUGAUCAAUGUGGAGUACAAUCAACUUGAUCCUCUACUUAGAGCAUCUGGAUUCCCCGAUGGGGAUGUUAAUUGCGAGACAGGCUAUUCCCCUUUCCCUGGAAAUAUUAAUCAAUUGAUUUUGGAACUUGGACCAUACAAAGAAGAGUUGCAAAAAACUGGAGGGGCCAUUAAGGAGUUUGUUAAUCCAAAAUACAAGGAUAGCACCAAGACGUCAUUUAAGUCUUCAACUCGUCUAGAGUGUAUGAUGCAAGAUUAUCCAAAGACAUUGCCACCAACAGCACGUGUUGGAUUCACGGUGAUGGAUAUAUGGCUUGCCUAUGCACCCGUCAAGAAUAAUCCCGAGGAUGCUGCUAAGGUACCAAAGGGAAACCCAUAUCAUAGUGCAACCUCUGGAGAAAUGGCGAUUUAUCGUGCUAACAGCCUUAUUCUUCAAAAGGCUGGUGUGAAAGUGGAAGAGCCUGUGAAGCAGGUCUUGAACGGCCAAGAAGUUGAAGUAUGGCCUCGUAUCACAUGGAAACCAAAAUGGGGAAUGAUCUUCUCUGAUAUCAAAACAAAAGUCUGUGGGCACUGCGAGGUCUCUCAGAGAUCCACGAUGGCUAUCUUGGGUCGUAAUGUACUUAUUGAAGAUCUCUGCUUGGACGGUGCCCUUAUUAUAGAUUCUGUUGAUGAUGCAGAGGUACACCUGGGAGGUUUGAUCAGGAAUGAUGGUUGGACCAUGGAAAAUGUAGAUUACAAAGACACAUCGGUUCCAGAGGAAAUCAGAAUCAGAGGUUUUAGAUUCAACAAAGUGGAGCAACUCGAAAAGAAGUUCACUCAACCUGGAAAAAUUGCGGUGGUGGAUUUACCUCGAGUAAAGUAGCACUUUGGAUUUGGAAAAUGCCAAUUGAUCCCGUUGUCCUUCUAGUUCACCUUUAAAUCAUUUUUUUAUUUGCAAUAAAACUCCUCUUUUUUCUCUGCUACUUUUUUUUACAUGUUUUUAAUGCUUAAUGGUAUAACUUUUUAAA